AUGUCUAUCCCCAAAUCCCUUUCUUCACUCUCCAAUCAAACACCACCAUCACCACCUCUCACUCCUCUGCUCCACCAAAAUGGCCACCAACACCACCAGCACCAGCACCACCACCACCACCACCAUCCUCCUCCUCCUACUAAUCCACCUCGCCACCACCACCCCCUCUCCAAUCUCAGGCCUAGACUCUUUCCUCUCUCAUCAAUUCACUCUAGACCCUCUGUCCACCAACGAUUCCUUCCCCUCCCUCUCUUCCUCCCUCAAAAAUCCCUCUCCCUCUCUACCCCUCACCCUCACAUACCUUCCUUAAUCUCCUCUCUCCUCUCCCUUACCGUCCCACUUUCCCUCAACGUCCGUCUCGUCGGCUCCUCCUUCCCCUCCGACUCCUCCUCCCUUAUCAAUUCCUUCCUCUCCACUGCCCACAUCUCGGACCACUUCCAUGUCAUCACCACCGACCCCAUCCCUUCCCAAAACUCCCACCGUCUUUCCAUCAAGCAUUCCCCUCACCUCGACAUUUCCCACGCGAGCUCCACCCUUUCCUCUCGCCUUUCCGAAGCCCUUAAAACUGCAAUUUCCGAAACAACAUCUUCCCUCCGAACACCUCUCAUUUCCAUCCCUUACGACACGGUUGAUCGAAUUAUCAAGCAAGAUUUUGAUAGAGAAAAACCGGUGCAAGGGGUUUAUGUUUAUUUGAUUUAUUUGGGUUCGCAGUCCAAGAACUAUGCCUAUACUUAUUCUGCUGGAGAUACCUCUCCUGGCUUUACUAAAUGUUUAGGAACUAUUUGGACUGGUAAAGAGAGGUACCUUUGGAUUGAUCUAUCUGCCGGUCCUGUGGAUUACGGCCCGGCUUUAUCUGGAGAUGGGGUUUUGCCUAGAGGUGAAUUUCACCCUCUUGCAGCAAUGCACGGGCGACCCAAGUCGCAAAAGGCAUUGUUAGCGGACUUGGCGUCAUUGAUUUGGAGUGCUUAUCAGGUAUUACUUGUGCCCUCUUUGAGAAUUCCUGUGCAUUUUGAGAAUUCUUUGAUUGUUGAGUUUAUACAUAUUUAUGGUUCUGAAAGUGGUAAGGAUUUGAGUGGGUUGGAUUGGAAGGAGAUUGAGAGGACGUUUAUGGAUGAGGCUAAUGCAGGUGGGUUGUUAUUAAGGAAUCAGCAUUUGACGUUUAGGAAUUAUGAAGUGAAUUAUGAUCAGUGUUCCAUCUGUUCAUUUGCUAUUUCUAGGUCGAUCAAUUCCUAUACUUCGAGGUUCUUGUUUGAAAAUUAUACUUUGAUUGUCAGUGAGUAUUUGGACUCGAAGAGAUUGCAUCAGAUAUUGUCUGAUUCUGCUGAGGAGUUUAGGAGGAUGGCGGGUAUCCCUGAGGAGGAUUUUAGUAGAGCGCUGCCUGUUUAUGUGUUUGAUUUGGAUUACAAUACGCUGUUGAUGCUUGAUCGGUAUCAUCAAUCUGUUGCGUUUAGGGAUAUGGUUAUUGCAGUGAGGACAAAGACUACACAGACCGUGAGUGAUUAUAGCUGCAAUGGUCGUCACGUGUUUACGCAUACUAGGGUACUUGGGAGACCGCUUGUUGGUUCAAUUCUACAGAGCAUGUGGGGAGUGUCACCAACCCAUUUGUCAUGGAGUCCAAGGCAUAACAAUACUUUGGUGGAUUAUACUUGGAGUGUUGGACAAACUCCAUUUGGGCCUUUCUCAGAGAUUUCAUCUUUGUCAUUUGUGCAGAAAGAUGCAGCUCGUAGAAAUGUGCUGUUGACAUCAUUAAAUUACAGUGUAUCUAGUGUUAUUGAUGUUCUUGAAUCCAUUGUGGCACAUGGUGGGGACAGGAAUCUCUUUAAACAGAAUCGGCAUGUUGAGUUCGUCCAGAGAUGGAGCCUGUUUAAGUACAAGCUGGACAAAGCAAUUUCUGCAAUGUCACAUUUGGACUUUGACAUGGCUUUGUAUUACUUGAGGUCCUCUGAUCAUGAUAUGUAUGGCAUUCACUCUCUGGUUUACCAUGCAUCUCAGGAAUUGGAGGCAUCGCUUGUUUGUUUCAAGGACCCACCAUUUCCAUGGGCUUCAGUGUCUAUGUCUGCAGUAGGAUUUUCGGAAAAGGUUAUUUUGCAAGUUAAAAUUGGUGAUUGCAGAAUGAUGGGUGUUGUUAAUGCCAGUUACUUGGAGUGGAGUAUUCUGGUGAUUUUAACUGAAAUGGGACACAAACCAAGCCGAAAACUUGACCAUUCAGUUUACCUUGUUGUGAAUUGGGGAAGUCAUGCAAUGAAGAUGCGUUCCACCUGA